ACAGCUCAGGACUACAGAGCCCAGAAUGCACAUGGUGAUGGAACACAACAUCUCUGCAGUCAGCAGUUGCUGGGAGGGGCAGCUGGACCAGUCUGCCAGAUAGAGGAUCCGAUAGGGAGGAAGGCUGAUCACACACAUACAUACACACAGACUGUAUCAGCACAAGGACAGAGGGGGAUCCCCCAAAUCCAGGAAGGAGGGGGGCACACAUCGCCAGGAUUCUGGACCAUCCAUGUGAUUCCCAGUCCUGCUUAGCUUGCAUUCCCUCCUCCUCCUCCUCCCCCACCUGCCUGCCUGCCAUCGCCUUCCACCUGCUUGGAAAGAAGGACUUUGGAUUCAGGGGAUGACGGUGGAGAAGCGAGCUGCCCCUAAUAGGGGUUCCGACAUCUGAGACAUCUGUGACAGCUGCUGUCACCCUCCAUCCAUCCAUCCCAGGGAUUCUCUGCAAGGAGGGGAUCUGGGGGGACUCUGCCAUGGGGGACAAACCAUGCCUGUCCUAAUCGGUCACACCGUACCCCUGCGACACUCUGCGCCCGACUGUCCCCUUCUCUACAGGCAGCCCACAGAGGGAUAGGUGAGAGGCAGCAGCAGAUCUACACCCUGUCCUGGGAGAUGAACAGUCCCAUCUGAUACAAGUUGAGGUAGACGGUGUGGAAUGACUUGUGAGUAGCAGAGAUCACUGGCCUCCCAUUGACAGAGUACAUGAUUGGGCAUUGGAAGAUCAAAACACUCAAAAUCUGUUUGUCGUGGCCAGUCAGUGUCCUUGUAAAAGACUCAUCAAGAGGGACUUUAUUGCUUACAGUACACCAGAAUUAAAAAUAACGAAACAAAAUUCUGACAGGUGAGUCCACGAUCCAGUAUGAUUCUCCCGCUGCCACCUUGCCUGUGUCCCAUCCUGUUGCUUGUUCUGGGAUCCUUCCUGUCUGGCUCGGCCUCAGGUUGUCCCCAACGCUGCGAAUGCUCUCCUCAGGAUCGUUCUGUUUUGUGCCACCGCAAGCGUCACCUCAACGUCCCCGAAGGCAUCCCCACUGACACGCGACUAUUGGAUCUCAGUAAAAAUAGGAUCAAGGCACUUAACCAGGACGAGUUCUCUUCCUUUCCUUACUUGGAGGAGCUGGAGCUCAGUGAGAAUAUAGUGUCUUUGAUCGAACCUGGCGCCUUCAAUGCCCUUUUCAACCUACGAUCUUUGGGGCUGCGAAGUAAUCGUCUCAAGCUCAUUCCUUUAGGUGUAUUCACAGGACUCAGUAACCUUACACAACUUGACAUCAGUGAAAACAAAAUUGUCAUAUUGCUGGAUGACAUGUUCCAGGACCUUUAUAACCUCAAAUCUCUGGAAGUUGGAGAUAAUGAUUUGGUGUAUAUUUCUCAUCGUGCCUUCCGUGGACUCAACAGCCUGGAAGAGCUGACACUGGAAAAGUGUAACCUCACCGUGGUGCCCACAGAGGCUUUGUCACAUCUGCAUGGUCUCAUCUCUCUACGGCUUCGGUACCUUAACAUUAAUAUAAUUCGUGACUACUCCUUCAAAAGGCUGUUCCGGCUGAAAAGUUUAGAAGUGGCCCAUUGGCCAUAUUUGGACACAAUGACAGCGAAUAGCCUCUAUGGAUUAAAUUUAACAUCUCUUUCUAUUACACACAGCAAUCUGAGCACUAUACCAUAUGUGGCAAUCAGGCAUCUUGUUUAUCUUCGCUUUCUUAACCUUUCAUACAAUCCAAUCACAUCUGUGGAGGGAUCUAUGUUGCAUGAGUUGCUUAGACUUCAGGAGUUCCACCUGGUAGGUGGUCAGCUUUCUGUUGUGGAACCCUAUGCAUUCCGUGGUCUAAACCAUUUACGUGUACUAAAUGUUUCCUCCAAUUUCCUAAAUACACUGGAAGAAUCUUCUUUUCACUCUGUAGGCAAUCUAGAAACGUUAAUUUUGGAUCGUAAUCCAUUGGCUUGUGACUGCCGUUUAAUGUGGAUCUUCCGGCGACGCUGGCGUCUCAACUUCAAUAAACAGCAGCCAUCCUGUUCCAGUCCAGAAUAUGUGCAGGGAAAGGAGUUCAAAGAUUUCCCUGAUGUGUUGCAGCCAACGUAUUUUUCAUGUCGAAAAGCACGAAUCCAGGAUCGAAGUCCCCAAGUUGUCCAUGUAGACGAAGGGCAUACAGUACACUUUUUUUGCCGUGCUGAUGGAGAUCCACCACCUACUAUUCUAUGGCAAUCCCCACGGAAGACUUUCAUCACCAGCAAAAGUAGCGGUAGGCUGUCUGUAUUUCCAGAUGGAACUUUGGAAGUACGUUAUGCCCAGAUCCAAGAUAAUGGGACUUAUCAUUGUGUGGCAAGCAAUGCAGCUGGUAAUGAUACUUCACUGGCCCAUCUUCAUGUGCGCAGUUACUCACCUGACUGGCCUCAUCAACCCAACAAGACCUUUGCCUUCAUCUCAAACCAGCCGAAUGAAAGCGAUGUCAACAGCACUCGUGCAACUGUCCCUUUCCCGUUUGAUAUUAAAACUCUUAUAAUUGCCACCACUAUGGGAUUCAUAUCCUUUUUGGGGGUGGUCCUGUUUUGCUUGGUUUUACUAUUUCUUUGGAGCAGAGGAAAAGGAAACACUAAACAUAACAUAGAGAUAGAAUAUGUUCCGCGAAAAUCUGAUGCUGGACUCUCUACUGCAGAUGCUCCUCGGAAGUUUAACAUGAAGAUGAUAUGAUAUUGGUUGAUCAGUGGGGGAAAAGAAGGAAUGGGGUAAUAGGAGCAGGUAGUGGAUUGCACGGUGCCUGGUUCUUAUUCCACCUUUUCUGUUAAGCCCUUACUGGACAAGUUGUAUAACUCUGGAGGGAAAGCAAUGGUAACAGAAGUUCCAUAGUCUGUACUUUUUGAUCCUUGGACUUUGUAUGUUUGGGGAAUGACCUUUGCACUUUUAACCUUGUGAGUUUAACCCUCAAAACUCCCCCAGAUUGCAGAAAGCCCACCUGUUUCAUACCAACUAUUCAGUUGUUGAUAUAGGGGGGAGGGACAGAAGGAUAGGAUUGGGCAAAUACAAUAAUAGAAAAGGAAAAUACAAAUCCCCAGUCAAAAACAGGAAAAGCUGAAGGAAUGCGAGGCCAACUGACUCUGAAACUGAACUUUGACCUCUGUAUCUUCUCCUGAUUUCAAUACCUGUGAUUUUUAUGAAAAAAAUAAAUAUGAAUAUUAUUGAAAAAAAUUAAAGAAAAACUGUAAAACUCCAA